CUUUUCUAAUUCUCUCUUGCAGCCUCCUCAGAUAUUGAAAUUGAGAUUGGUUUACAAAGAAGAUCAAAAAUAAAAAAAAUGGAGACUCCACUAUCAACAAAAAAAAUCUCUGAAUCGCAGACUAUCUUUUCUACCAAAAACUCUGAUUCGUCAAGCAAAACAGAGGAUUCAAGCUUUCUCCAAAAGAAAAACAUCAACCCACAAGAAGACAGAUCUGCACUACUCGACAUAACAAACGACUCACCGAUCGUGGGUCUAGCGAUGCAGACUCCUCCUACAGGACUCAUGUGUAAGAAGAGACAGAACAGCAGAAUCAUCAUCAAGAGCACACCUGGUUCCGGUGAAGCUCUCUUGAGAGGACAAGUCAAAACACUUUUGGAAAAAGUUGAGGAAGGAACAGAGCUUACUACUACUACUACCCAUUUGAUAAAGUCUCCCCCUUUCAUCCAUCUCGUCACUUCUCCGAUGAGACUUCUUGCUCCAACUCCAGCAAACACUCCUCAAUUUCCAAUCUUUUCAGAUGAUCAGGUCAAGAUCAAGAUCGCGUCUCCGGUUCUUGCGGGAGACUUGAGAGCAUCUUCUCAGGUAAGGUAUGUUGAUGGGAGUUUGAAGGGGAGCGAUGUGUUUGAAGAGAGUAUGAGUAUAAGUCGUUCUUUGCUGUUUGAUUUCACGGAUAAGUCAUCAUCAUUAUUGGAGGAUGAAGAAGUGGAGAUGAUGAGUGUUGAGAAGAGACAAGGUGAGUUUGCAGGGAAACAUAGAAGAUUUGUUGUGUACAACAAUGACGAUGAUGAGAUCAUAGAGGCCAAAAGAGUUUGCUUCUGAAGAAGAGUCUCUUUUUACUAAACAAUAAUUUCCCCAAUAAUUGUAUUAUCGGCGCUGCUUUGUAUUUUGGUCACCAGAGAGUGAUUUCAAACACAGUUGUGAUUUCUUGGCCCAAUAAGGGCCCAUUAAUGAGACUAACAGGACAA